AUGUUAAGAAGGGAACGAGAUUCGAAAUGUCUAAAUAAAAGCGAAUACGACAAAGAAAAAGAUCUGCUUGAAAUAGAACGGAAGAAGCUUGAAUCUCAACCACCAUCAACGUCCACGUCACAAUCUUCAAAGGACUACAAAUCGAAGUCUUCGUCUUCCAAACAUGACAAAAAUUCGUCUGAAUACGAAAGAAAUAAUAAAAUGUGGGCUCGAACGGAUCUUCUUGUUAGAUUCAUUGAUGAAGACUUCAAGCGAGGAUCAUUAUACAAACAAAAAGUUCGGAUAGUUGAUGUUGCUGGAUAUAAUGACGUAACGAUUGAAGAUCGAGGGAAUACUCAUUACAAUAUCAGGCAAUCCUGGUUGGAAACUGUAAUUCCUCGAGAAAUCGGUGAAAAGCUCAUGAUUGUCGCUGGUAAACGUAGUGGCCAGCUAGCUUUGAUGCUUGGUAAGGAUAAACGGAAAGAAAAAUUGACAGCACGUCUUGUGGCGACAAACGAUGUGGUUACCGCGUACUUUGAAGAUGUUUGUGCAGUAAAGAUUCGACACGAAGAAGAGUACGAGUGA